AUGCUUUUGAGAGCAAGUUCAAAAGCAAACGCGUUUCGUUCGUCAUCAUCCCGUCGGGGAGGCUUCUUCGGGAAUUUGGAUCAUAACAAGAAUUGGCUAUUGAUGAUCAUUAAACUUUUAUCUUUUCUUCUCGUGUUCUCUAACGCUAUCAUGAAUGGAGAACCAACAAAACCUCUCCAUUUACGAAAAUUCAAUCCCGAAGCUUUCUUUCAUUUCAUUCAGCUCACGGAUAUACAUACGGAGGAUUUUAGUUCUUAUCGUGUUGGAGGAAAACAAUAUUGGGAAGCAAAGGAACGAUUUGAUGAUUUGAAAGAGUUAUUUGGAACUAUACUUCCGCAACGUGUAAAACCUAAAUUUGUCAUUAUUACUGGAGACUUGACUCACGCCGUUCCUAUUUCAUUUGAUCGGGAGAAACAAGAUUGGAUCACUCGUACCAUGAAUAUUUAUGUUCCAGGUCAGUCACAAGAGCAGUGGGAAAUGUAUCAAGAGUGUAUGCAAUUAGGAAAAAAGGUGUUACUAGAACAUUUUCCACUCGAAAAUCAGAAUGAAAGUAUUCAGCUGAGAUAUCCUUUUGAAAAGGAAAUACACAAGGAAGAUAGAAUAUUUGAUUUGCCAGGAAAUCAUGAUAGCUUUGGAACUCAAAAUAAGGCAGAUCCACAAAGUCGAUUGUUUUUGAACUAUUCUCAAAGUGGAAAAUUUUUCUCAUACCCAAAACGUCAGAGAAAUCCAAAAUUUUCAACAAUUGCAUGUUCUGAAAAAGAUGUGACGUCUUUCUUUUCGUUCGAUUUUAAGUCAUCAUUUGGAACCUAUAGAUUUGCUCUACUAGAUAGCACUCCAAGUAUUGGAAGUUAUAGACCUAUUAAUUUUUUUUCUAACAUUCCACAUUGUCAAAUCGAGAAAUUGGAAAAUAUUCUUGGAAGAGCAGGUGAUCAAGUUAAUCAAACAUUAGUAUUUGGACAUUACCCAUCUUCCAUGAUAACUAUUACAGAGGCCGAUGGGAAUGUUUCACAGAAAACAAUGUCUGAAUUUUUUAAAGCUACGAACGCUCAUUCUUAUUUCAGUGGUCAUUUGCACAAAGUGUUUCAUGACAUGAGAAAGUUCAUCCCAACAAGUGGUCAUUUAGAAAUUCAGUCUCCUGAUUUCAAGAAAGAGAGAAGUUUCAAAAUUAUAGCGAUUGACAAUGACAAGGUAUCAUUUGAAGAUUUUACACUACCAUAUUUGAAAAAUCGGCCAGGUGUGUUAAUAACGCAUCCAAAAGAUUGUAAAUAUUACUCUAAAAAGGAGCCUCAUACUGAAACUGGGCCGUUCAUUCGAAUGUUGAUUGUCACACCCACAAAUUUUGACGAAAUAGAGCUUUUUGUGAAAGUAGAUGGAGCUGCUUUAAACCAAUCAUUGAAGGUGACUCCACAAACAGUCGAGUACCGAAUUCCCUUCGAAUUUUCGAAAAUAGCCAAUUCUACACAGCACCUCAUUAGCGUUGUGUAUAAGAAUGAAGUCAUUCUUGAGCACCAUUUUUCCUUCAACGAUUCAAUUUGUCAUAUUGAAACAUCAAAAUGGAGUUUAGAGAGAAUAUAUUCAUACAUAUCAUGGUUAGUGCUUAGCAUGAAUUGGAGGAGUUUAUUUCGCUCAGUCACCACUUGGCAUGCUGGUGUGCUGUUGCUAUCGUAA